AUGCAAAACAUUGCUGUUGAGUCUGCAAGUUAUGAAAAGGCAUGGGAACUUUUGGAAGAGCGCUACAAUCAUAAACGCAUUCUGGUGCACAUCCAAAUGCAAUCGCUUUUUGGUCAACCCUCAUUGACGCGAGAAACGGCAUCUGGUCUCAAGGAGCUCUUGUAUACAAUAAGAGAAUGUCUUCUCGCUCUUGAAAAUUUGGAGGUUCCGAUUUCUUCGUGGGAUACGGUUUUGAUAUGGUUCCUUGUACAAAAGCUUCCUAGUACAAGUCAAAAAUUAUGGGAGGAAAAAUUAGGGAAUAGCAAGGACUUACCGAAAUUUGAUGCGUUUUCCGAAUUUUUAGAGACACGAUUCCGUACGCUUGAAGUUAUGGGCCAACAAGAGCUAGCUACGCCCACCAGGCGCAAAGAAGAGUCAUCUGUUAAUUCAAGGCCACGCUUUCAACCAUCGACUUCAAAGGUUUUACAUACAAAGCAUGUUGUAAAGCAUCAACCUCAGAAAAUUCCAAAGCACUUUCAAACUAGCCAAGUUCUUUGCAAAUUGUGCAACCACAACAAGCACUCCCUUAGAAAAUGCCAGCAAUUUUUGGCAAUGGACAUUGUCAAACGCCGAGAAGUAGUCCGGGGAAUCCAUGUUUGUGAAAAUUGUCUGACAUAUGGGCAUUCUCUCCAGGAAUGCCAGAGUUUGAGUCGGUGCUAUUUCUGUCAACAGAAACAUCACUCACUCCUGCAUUUGCAGCACCAUAAUAACUCUUUUCAACCUCAACAACCAGGUUCUGAACAUCAGACCCAAGUCGGAACAUCAAGCCAAGGUAUGCCGUCUCAACCGAGAGUUACCGGUUCUAGUUCUAACACAUUUCAGGCCUCAGUGAACCCGAAUGCGCCUGAGUUCCAACCAGCUGUUCGUCAACAAACUCAAAACUACCACGCGUCGCACGGUGAUCGUGCCCAAACACACCAGGUGCUCUUAGCUACAGCAGUUGUCAAAGCGCGAGCCACAGAUGGAAGAAUUCGUUUACUACGUGCCCUGGUUGAUACAGGGUCAGAAACGUCUUUCAUAACAGAAGCUGCUGCUCGUCUGCUGAAGUUGGAAAGGCGACGUGCCAUUGUUGAGGUAUCGGGGUUGGGGUUGGUCAGCAGCGGCACAACACAGCAUACCGUCGAAGUGCAUUUUGCUUCUCGCCAUUCGACGUUUGAAACUGCCACACAGGCAUUGGUUUUUAAGUCGCUGACUGGGCAUCUCCCGGCCCAACGAGUGGUACCCAACAGUUGGAAUCACCUCAAGGGUCUUACGUUAGCAGAUCCCCAUCUCUACGAGCCCGCUCCUAUCGAUUUAUUGUUUGGAAGUGAUGUUUGCGCCCAAAUACUGCUACCGGAAAUAAGAAGGUCUCCGGAUAACAAUGGACCGAUAGCGCAAAAUACGCAUUUAGGGUGGUACGUGUUAGGGAAAGUUCCAGAGGAACUUCCCCGGCAAAUUCGAAGUUUCGUGCAGGUUACCGACCUCGGAAUUCAGCUACAGAAGUUUUGGGAGAUGGAAGAAACGCCGUUCCAGACCCAUGAAACCCUAGACAACAUUGCUUGUGAAGAACAUUUUGAGAGGAAUACGACACGUUUACCAGACGGGCGUUACCAAGUCAGCUUACCGUUCAAAGAAGGCCUUCCAGCGAUGGGAUCCAGCCGUCAAGGAGCUACUCGACGAUUUCUCCAUCUCGAGAAAAGACUUGCUGCAGAUCCUAAACUUUGUGAGGACUAUUCAAAGUGCAUAAAUGAGUACAUCAAACUCAAACACAUGGAAGAAAUAGAUGAAGAUGACACGGUUUUGGCGACCCCUUACCAUUAUUUUCUUCCGCACCAUGCAGUUUUUAAGGAAGCGAGUUCCACAACAAAGCUGAGAGUAGUGUUUGACGCAGCUUCUAAAGCUUCGGAUGGGAAAUCCCUCAACGAACAUCUUCUUGUAGGUCCAAAAUUGCAGACCAAUAUCAUUGAUCUUGUUCUCAGAUGGCGUACUCAUCGAGUUACUUUUACGGCAGACAUUGAAAAGAUGUACCGUCAAAUUAUGGUUAGUUUCCCAGACCGAUACUUUCAGCUAAUUUUGUGGAGGGAACAGAAAUCUUCGCCGAUUAAAGUCUUCAAAAUGAACACUGUCACGUUUGAUGAAAGUCAGAAUUUUCCCGAAGGGGCGAAGGUUGUCCGUGAGGACAUGUACGUUGAUGAUCUGAUCAGUGGAGCAGAUUCCAUCGAAGAAGCCAAGAGGAAACAACAUGAAGCCAAGCAGCUCUUAGCGUCUGCGGGAUUCAACCUGAGGAAAUGGACGAGUAACUCCAAGGCUCUCCUGGAAGACAUCGCUGCUGAGGAUCGAGAACUCGAUUUUGAACUCCCGUUUAACACCUCAAAUCAUGUCAAGACACUCGGCAUCAAGUGGUUUCCACUUGACGACUACUUUUCGUUUCAAAAUCUGCAAGUUUCACCAGAAGACAUCACAAAGCGGUCAAUGUUGUCCACCAUCGCUAAGCUGUUCGACCCACUCGGGUGGAUAUCACCCUGCAUCAUCACGGCGAAACUAAUGAUGCAACGCCUCUGGGAGCAUGGUUGUGAUUGGGACGAUCCAAUUCCUACUCCCUUAAAGACGGAAUGGGAAGCUUUUCAACGCGAACUUCCACUCAUCGAACGACUGCGAAUUCCGAGAUGGAUCGCGAAAAGCCCAUCUAAUAAGGCUGUCCAACUUCACGGAUUCUGUGACGCCUCCAUGAAAGCUUUCGGUGCAGUAGUCUACAUUCGGGUCUUAGACACGGACAAUCGAAUCCUUACCAGCCUGCUUCUCUCAAAAACAAAAGUAGCACCAAGUCAGCGAACCAUCACGCUGCCUCGCCUGGAACUCUGUGGAGCUGUUCUUCUGUCGCAGCUACUUAGUUACACCAAGGAUAUCUUGGCCAUUCCCGAUGUCGAUAUCUACGCGUGGACUGAUUCGAUGAUAGCGUUGGCAUGGAUACAAGCGUCACCAGCAAAAUGGACCACAUUCGUAUCCAAUCGUGUAUCCGAAAUUCAGCGGCUUAUACAGAUCGACAGCUGGGGUCAUGUUGCAACAUUGCAUAACCCAGCCGAUCUAGCGUCUCGAGGUGUAUUUCCGGCUGAACUGGAGUCAUUGGAUAUGUGGUGGAAUGGACCUGAAUUUUUAACGCGACAAUGGGAAUUCGAUGCUCCGCAUCAACUCAUCGACAACGACACUGAAGAAGAAAAGAAGGAUAAAAGUCCAAUCAAUCCUAAAGAAUUAGAUGCAGCACAUCAAAUAGUGGUCAAGGCAGCACAGAAGGAGAUGUUUGGAGAUGAGAUUCAACAAAUUCUUGGAAAUGCCAAAAUUCCAAAGAAUUUACUUUCGUUAAACGCAUUUCUUGAUUCUGACGGAAUCUUACGAGUCGGGGGACGUUUAGCAAACUCCCUCCUUUCCUACGAUGCCCAACAUCCGAUACUGUUGCAGAGCAACCACCAUUUUACGAGUCUGGUUGUAAGAGAUGCUCACAAGCAAACUCUACACGGCGGAAUCCAGCAAAUGAUUAAUUACAUCCGACAACGAUAUUGGAUAGGACAGAUUCGGCGAAGCGUCAAGCACCAGUUGCAUAAAUGCCCUUCUUGCUACCGGCAAAAGGCAUCUGAAAUGCAACAACUGAUGGGAAACUUACCUGCCGCUCGAGUACGCAUAUCGCGACCAUUUAGUCACACCGGUGUUGACUAUGCGGGACCAAUCGAGAUAAAAGCCUGGAAAGCCCGUGGAGCAAAAAUACUAAAAGGCUAUUUCGCAGUAUUUAUCUGUUUGGCAACCAAAGCCAUUCAUCUCGAAGCAGUAUCAGACUUAACCACCCAAGCAUUUUUAGCAGCAUUCAAACGGUUCACUGCCAGAAGAGGAAUUUGUAAGCAGAUCUAUAGCGACUGCGGAACUAAUUUCAUCGGUGCCAAUAAUGAACUGGCAAAAACGAUGAAAGAAGCACAACACGACUGGAAGCAGGUAGCAGAACUAUUGGCAAAUCGCGGUACAGAUUGGCAUUUCAUUCCCAUAGCUUCUCCCCAUUUCGGUGGCCUAUGGGAAGCGGGUGUGAAGUCUGUCAAGUACCAUCUCAAACGAGUCAUUGGAAUUGAGAGGCUUACCUUCGAGGAGCUCGCGACGCUUCUAGCACAAGUAGAAGCUUGUCUGAAUUCGAGACCUCUAUGCCCACUAACCGAUAGCAUCGAUGAUUUGAACGCACUAACUCCAGCACAUUUCUUAGUCGGAGAAUCUUUGCAUGCAGUACCACAAGGUGAAACAGAAACAAACAUUACACAUAAAGAUCGCUGGAAACGAGUUCAGGCAUUAUCUGAAGUAUUUUGGAGACGAUGGAAUUCUGAAUACUUAUCUCGGCUUCAACAACGCCCAAAAUGGACAAAAAUACAAGUAAAGCCGAAGAUAGGAGAUUUGGUUGAAUGA